CGAGAUCGUUCGUGCGUCAGAAUGAUAGAAGACGGAGGGUGUGUGGGACCGAAGAGAGUAGUGAGGAAAGACAAAGGAAUAUGCCGCGAAGUGAAGGACGAGGGGAGGAUAACGGUUAAAAACGUUUGCAAGGAGGUAGGACUACACACGUAUCGUACGUGAGAGAGAGAGAGAGAGAGAGAGAGAGAGAGAGAGAGAGAGAGAGAGAGAGAGAGAGAGAGAGAGAGAGAGAGAGGAUUUCUUGAUCGUUUUGGUGAUAUUAUGGUGAUGGUGUCUUCAUCUCAGUCGCAAUCGCCUUCGUCCCGAGUUUUGGCGGGCGGUAGUUCUCGACGAGUUACUCGCCAGAGGGCUUUAACAAAUUUAACGAACAUACUUCAACCCGACGAGGUACAACCCAGGGAUGUCUGCGCAGUCUACUCCCGCUCCUUGUCACUUGGAGGCUUGGACUUUUUGGAAGAUGGCGUUAAUGAUGGGAGGGAGAGAACGCGAGGUAUUACCGGCUGUGUGCCAAGGAAGAGGCGAGCUUCCUCGUCGGCAUGCGAAGACGAUCAUCUUCGUCGAAAGGCGGAGGGAUGGGACGUUCAGAGGGAAAUCGACGCUUAUCGACUGUGCUCCGAGGAAGCACGUCGAGUGUGGGAGGGAGAUGGCCAAGGAAGAGGGAGGACGGCGAUGGCGGAUGAGCAGAGGGAGUUGGCGAAGCUUCGUAGAGAGAAGGAGGCGGCCUCAGAACAAAUCGCCAGACUCGCAACCGCACUCAGCACUGCAAAGAAGGAGGCACAGUCCGCUCUGCAGAGUCUGGCUGUGAUGCGUAAAGAAGGGGAGAUGCUGAAGAAGAUCAUUGGAGAGAAGGAUACAAUCCUUGACUUGCUUCGGGAAAGAGUACAGUCCUUGCAUUCAAGUCUAAAUGAGGCGCGAAUGCAACUGGCCAAUGCCAUGCGAGACCACUACAAGAAGAAUAAAGAGCUCGCCAUGGACAACGUGAAGCUUCGCGCGAGGGCGAAGUUGACAGCGGAUGAGGUCAAGGUUAUAAAGCAUCUUGUCGCUGAGAAGAUAAUAGUCGAGAGGACGUUGCGGAGCCAGCUUAGUGAAAAGGAGAUGUUUGUUCAGAAACUCCAAGAAGCUAAUCGAUCGCGAUUUGCAGUGGGUAAAACGAGUACUAGGUCUAAUACUAGGGACUUCGACGGGUGUGUCGACCAAUCUGGAUGGGUCGAUGGGCGAUCGGAAGCAAUAGAUAACGGAGACGCACGGCGGCAACGGGCGAACGGAGCACUUGUUCGUGACUCUGAUAAAGGAGGUGCCCCUGCGGUGUUGAGGGAUGGGGAGCGACUACCUUCAUCUCGCGGGGAAUCGGUUCUUGAUGAUUGCUUCGCCGAUAUCAACGAGGACGACGACGGGCCGUCCGCGUCAGCUUCAGGAGUUAGCAUUGGUAAUACUCGUCGCAGUCGAAGCUUCCCUGAAGAUUCCAGUGUCUGGAGAAGUGAUUAUAGAGGGAGUUGCAGUCGAAGAAGGAGGCGUUUUUCGGGCGUGUUCGAUCCCGCGCAACUGAGGGACUUCCGCUCUGAUUCGUCCGACGUGGAUCGCGAGGGAGACUACUGCGGAGAUGGCGGGAAUGGUGGUAAUGGGUUGUCAUCAUCGGAUUGGGGCGGUAAUCCGCGUCCGCCCGAUUCCAGCUCCGGUGCAAUGAUCGACUCUUGGAGAGUGCUUCCUCCAAGAGACAGACAGUGCACCAGGGAGGGUUCGUUGGCAAGUAUCGUGGAAGAGGAGACGUCUGCAGUCGAUAUUGAGGAUGUCGUCCUGUCGUCUAGCUAUGCCGAUGAAGCUGUGACAGAUAACGAGAGGCUAGGGAGUGCCCGGCGGUCCUCUUCUCCUUUAUCCCCCCUGCCUGAGGAAGAGGAGGCCUCUCCCCCCGGCUCAGCGAACAGAGCGGUGAAGUGCAAAAGCGGCGGGAAUCGUGCGGAAGUAUCCUGCUCGCCUGUAAGGACGGGCGAUGGUGGCGUCUUCGGCCGUCAAGUUGAUGACGACGAGAGCGAGAGCAGUGGGGAGGAGGCGGAGACCCGAGAAAACGAGGAAAGCCCGUCAGUACCUGUGGAGGAGAGGCUGGAAGACGAGAGUGGAGGGGACCCAGACUGUCAUCAUGGAUUUGUUGAUGGUGUAGAGAAGAGAAUCUCUCGUGAGAUAGAUAGCGAAGUCGUAGAUGUUUCGGGCAAGCAACUUGAUGCUGAAGGCGAUUGCCGUCGUGAUGAUCUGCGAGGUAAUAACGGGAAUGCUGAAGGAAAGAUCGUGGCCGACCUUGCUCGACUUUCUCUGAACGACGGCAACGAGAGUCGGCGGUUGGUACGGCAGAACGUUGUGCAGAUGAGUGACGCGUGUCCCGAGGUGGCUAGUCGACCGCCACCGCAUCAGCGUGACGGAUUAGUUUGUGCGCAAUCGCUUUCCUCUCUCGAGCCUGGCGUGACGGAAGCCAGAGGAGGAAGGCUACGCAGCGACGACCAAAUCGCUGGCCAUUGUCGUGGCACCCGUCAUAGCUCGGAAAGCUCGGCUGCAUGUGCGGCUAGGGAGGAGCAGCGUAAUGAGGAGGGGGGUGUGGCUGAUCUGGAAUGUGCUGCGUUGAGAAAACCGUUGGAUUGUGACAGCAGCAGAGCUGCUGGGGAUAGCGAUGCGCAUGAAGCCGAUGCAACGUGUGCUUUCACUUGCUCUUCGGCGGCUGUCGACGUUGGAAAGGCCGCCAGAGUCGAAGUAGAACCGCAGAUCCGACAAAAGGACAAUGAGUACUUCGACGAAGAAAACUCGCGCAUUCUGGGUCUGUCUGAUUCUGCUGAUGCUGUUGUAGAAUCGUCUUGUCCUGUUUUCGUUUCAUCGUCCUCCUCUUUUCUUACACAGUCGGUUUCGCUUCUUUCCUCUUCGGGACGACCCGCCAUUUCCUCUACGGUGACCGUACGACGGAGAGGUGCGCGGAAGACGAAGAGCGUGCCGAGGGAAGGAUCGCACGUGGCCGAUGCAAGCUUCUGCCCUCGCUCUCUGGGGAGCGAUGGUGCAGGAGGGCGGCCCACUAGCUCGGCAUCGGAACAUGGCAGCCGUGAUAACGGGGACCCUGUCAUUCGUCUGAGCAGCGACGACGACGAGGUCGAUGCCGAACGUUCCCGUUUCCUUCGACGAGGGUCUGAAUGUGGUCCAGCGGCCAAGGAGGGCGAUGCAGCAGUGGCCAGGGCAGGGGCAGAGCAUGAGGAGGUGAAGAGUCGAGCAGGGUUCGAUUGCCGUGACGGCGUCGAUUUCGGCCGUGCUCUUACGGAUUCCGAGAACGGAAUUGGUGAGGGAACGCAUAUGCUGUCAACAACAACAGCCUUCGCGGAGACGAAGGCGAUUUGUACGGAUAAGCGGCGCCGUAAAAGCAGGGAGCGGAGGCGCGGCGGAAGACAGUCGGUGAAGGGCCAGCAGCAGGAGGAGGAUGAACCGGAAAGCAGGACGAACAGCACAGCCAGGGACUCGUGUCAAAACCUUGCCUCAUGUUGUAUUUCACGGGAGCAGAGCGGUGUUGGCGCCCCCGAAAGAGUUGGGCAGGAAGAAGGUCGCGGCGAGGAUGAUUGGGAGGACGACGAGGCUAUCAACGGUCGCCAUGUGUCCACAUCGAUGGCUGUAGCACCUCGGAAAAUGGCCUGCUCAGCAACAAGGUAUAUUGGAGGUGCAGAUGAAGGAUGUCAGGAAGAAAGAGAAAGAGAGAGUAAUGGCCACUUGUCAAGAUGCACGGCUCGCGGUUGUCCUCCCCCCUGUGCUCCUGCUUCUCGCUCCGCACACUCCCGCGCUCGUGCUUCCGCUCGCUCUUCUGCUCGUGCUUCCGCUCCUAAUCGCACCUCAGAUCGCAGGUCCAGUUCCUUUUCCGCUCGCUCUUCCGCUUCCGCGUCUGCUUCCGCUUCUGCGCCUUCUUCCUCUUCCGUUUCCGCGUCGUCUGCUUCUGCUUGCGCUUCCGCUCCCGCUUCCUUUACGACCAAUGCUGCAGUCGCUCUGGCUGCUGCCCGCCCUGCCCCUUCUGCUCCUCCGUCUCCUUCUCCCGCAUGUGCUCCUAACGCUCGUGCCUCCGCUGCCUUUGGAGAGGCUGUUCCACCGACGUCUUCGCGCUCGUCGUCUUCUUCAUCUGUAAUCUUGCAAACAGAGCAGGCGCAACAGGAUUCCAGUCGACCUCGCCGCAUCUCCAGUACCGUCCGAUCGUACCGAGAACCAUCGCUGCGGACAAAGAUGCGGCGACCUGACUGAUUGGUGUGAGCGUUUCUCGAUCAUGGAGCGAGGUGCACUGUUGUCCAUAGCGGGAAUGGAGAUGCUGCCAAAGCUUGGCUCUCUUCGCCCAUCUAUUGCGGCCAUGAGCUUCUCAUGCAGAGAGAUGUGGAGGAGCUUCAUUUGCCAGAGCGUUCUCCGGUCAUCACCACACAUUUUUGCCUCCUGGUCUGGAGUUGAGUGCUCUGCCAUAAGCAGU